AGAGUCUUACAUCAAGAAAAGAUUGAUACAUUUUUAUCCUUGAGCCUGGCAAACCGAGAGUUCUACUAUAGGUAACUCCUAAUUUUGUCGGACCUCGGGGAUUCUUCACUGCGUCGGUGAUCGUUCGAGCACUUGUAACUGUCCGUGCGUCCUUUCUGAUCUUCGGUCGGGGCCGUCUUACUCGCCGAUGCCCGUUUCUACACUCCCGGCCUAGGUAUAAAAGAUAACUGGUAUGACCAUUGAUCUUCUGUAUCAUUUGCUGCUGCCACAGCUGCCAUGUUGUUCUACUCCUUCACUAUACUCGCUUGCAUCCUUAGCAUCGUUGCCCGUGCCGCCGCUGCAUCACCUACAAAGCGUGAUCAUGAUGUGAGCGUAUAUCCAGUAAUCGACGACGUUACUGUGGAUGCUUUGGAUCGACGUGAUGACUUGAUGGUUAGAGUCGACGUUGACACUAAUAGUGCCGAUCUCCUCAGUCAAAAGCGCGGUGACGACAGCUUGCUUGGCGUUGUCAUUGGUGUCAAUAACGUUUUGAACAAUGCUACCAUAAGUGUCUUGAGGUAGUAGUAAAUGACGACUGACGAGUUGUAAAACGCCAGAUUUCAGGCUGCUGUCAUGGAUUUGUUAGGUAAAAGCAGACAUAGCUGCAAGUAGGUGCUGCUAUGGCCUUACAAGGCCUUCGAACUAUAUAUCGUCAUUCAGUACAUGCAUUGCGU